AUGAAGAUACAUGGAAAAUUAUUAAAAUUCUCCAUUGGUGUAGGAGGAAUUUAUGCUUCAUAUAUGAUCUAUGGGCUAGUUCAAGAAAAAUUAUUUAAGAAGGAAUACCCUUCUAUUGAUGGUAAAAGUUAAGAUAAAUUCAGGCAUUCUUUUUUACUCCUCUUUACUCAGUGCUUCUUUUCUGUAAUACUAGCCUUUAUUGUUAACAAAGUUAAUCAAGCUAAGACUUAGAUAAGCUUUUAAGAGAAAUUUAUUAUGGGAUUUUUUAACUUUGUUUCGAUGAUUGGCAGUAAUACAGCUUUAGGAUACAUGUCUUACCCUCUCUAAGCUUUGUUUAAGAGCUGUAAAGUUUUGUCAGUUUUAAUUGUAGGAUUAAUUUUUGGUAAAGUUGAUUAUCCACUCAAUUAAUAUAUCUGCGGUGUUGUCGUUACCAUUGGCAUUAUUCUAUUCAACUUAUGUGAUGACAUGAAAUCAGGUAAAGAGACUUAAUUUGUAGGUAUUGCUUUAAUUUUAACAUCAUUGUUUUGUGAUGGCAUGUUAGCAGAAAAGCAAGCAGAGAUGAGAAAAAAGUAAAAUCCAUCUUCUUUUGAGUUAAUGGAAAUAUGCUCUUUCUGGUGUGCUGUUUUGUCUCUUGCAUAUGGUGCAGUUAGUGGAAGCUUGAUUACUUGCAUUAAUUUUAUUUUAACUCAUAAUGAUAUUUUAUUUGAUGUAUUGACAAUUGGUUUCUUAGGCUGCAUUGGAUAAGUCUUUAUCUUUUUCACAAUUCGCCACUUCGGCCCUGUCAUUCUUGCUCUAGUAACUACUACUCGUAAAUUCUUUACUGUCCUUGCCAGUAUUGCAUACUUUGGUCACAACCUCUUCUUUGGGUAAUGGGUAGGUGUUUCUUUAGUAUUACUAGGAGUUUCAUAUGAAUUAUAUGAAGGAUAUAAAAAGAAUAGCUAACACAAUAAAUAAAAAGCAGAGCAAGCAGCAUCUCAUAAAGAGUUGCCAGUUAAAGAAAAUAAUAGCGAAACUCAACCUUUAAAAUAAAAUAAGAGCUCUAAUUAGCAAAAUGGAAAAAAUAGUAAUGAAGUAGACAAAAAACAUUAAAAAUAAAAUUGA